CCCACGUUAUUCGGACUAAUUUGGGAAUGGUGUAGUGCGCGGACGUUUUUUGUCGUUCCUGGUGAUUAAUUUCAAGUGCAUGUUGACAAAUUAUAUUGACGAACCUUCGUGAACUCCAAGAAAUCACUCGUAGAUUGCUGAGCGCUUCUAAAAAUGCCCCAAUUUCAUAAAAUCGAAAUUAACAAGACUGAGUGGGAGGUACCAGAGAGAUAUCAGAUGCUGGCACCCGUUGGUUCAGGAGCCUACGGACAAGUUUGUUCUGCUGUUGAUCAAACAACAAAUCAAAAAGUUGCGAUAAAAAAAUUAGCCCGUCCAUUUCAAUCGGCAGUCCAUGCUAAAAGAACCUACCGAGAAUUGCGUAUGCUGAAGCACAUGAACCAUGAAAAUAGCAAAUAUCAUUUGCAGGUGAUUGGCCUACUGGAUGUGUUCCACCCAGCCUCGAGCCUUGAGGAAUUCCAGCAGUUGUACCUCGUGACUCAUUUAAUGGGCGCAGAUCUCAACAAUAUCGUGAGAACCCAGAAAUUAUCAGAUGAUCACGUACAGUUCUUAGUUUAUCAAAUCUUAAGGGGAUUGAAGUAUAUUCAUUCUGCUGGCAUUAUUCACAGGGAUCUGAAACCAUCAAAUAUCGCAGUGAACGAAGACUGUGAACUGAAAAUUCUCGAUUUUGGACUGGCUAGGCCCACCGAGAAUGAGAUGACCGGCUAUGUAGCAACCCGGUGGUACAGGGCACCUGAGAUCAUGCUCAAUUGGAUGCAUUACAAUCAGACAGUUGACAUUUGGUCUGUUGGUUGUAUAAUGGCCGAGUUGCUGACUGGAAGGACCCUAUUCCCUGGCACUGAUCAUAUUCAUCAGCUCAACCUUAUUAUGGAAGUCCUGGGCACUCCAAGAGACGAAUUUAUGAAGAAAAUAUCAUCGGAGUCGGCAAGGAAUUACAUUCAGAGUCUACCCCCGCUGAAGAAGAAAAACUUUAAGGAUGUUUUUCGUGGAGCAAAUCCAUUAGCCAUCGAUCUUUUGGAGCUAAUGCUGGAGUUAGAUUCAGAGAAGAGAAUAACAGCUGAACAGGCCCUGGCACAUCCGUAUCUUGUGCAAUACGCCGAUCCAACCGACGAGCCAGUUUCCCUUCCCUAUGAUCAGAGCUUCGAAGAUAUGGAUCUGCCAGUUGAAAAAUGGAAGGAACUCAUCUACCACGAAGUUGUGAAUUUUGUACCCCAACAGCCUCCGUCCGCCUCAUCCUCCAGCGAGGUGCCGAAUUAGCGUAAUUUUCAUGAUCAAUCGAUUCACGAUUGAUAAUACCAGUGGUUUAAUCUUAAGCAGCGUAAGAUAAUAAUUAAGACGAUUCUACUAUUUAAAAUGAAAAUGUACAAACUAACAUUUACUGUACAUAAUAUUUUAGAUGUCAUUUAUUAGAAAUGAUCGCAUGAUUGAAUUCAACGUCUGUGGAUUUUUUUUUGGAUUUAGUACAGAGGAUAUAUUUUUUAUUCCAAUUUCGAGGUGAACAGAUGCUGUUUGUAACUGUAAUACCGUAUCGGGAAUGCAACUAAUGGCUAAUAUGAGUGAUUGAGCAGGAAGGGAAGAGGGAGCCGAAAUUUUUUGAAAUGUUGUUACCACUGAUUUUUACUGCAUAAAAUUGUUUGCCCUUUCGGCGAUGUUUAUAUGGUAAAAAACUUGAUUUACAAUUUUUCCCAUUGGAACUUCUUCUAUUAUUGCAAUCAAAUAAUUAGAUUAUGAAGAAGGCUCAUGUUGAUAUCCAACUCAAUCACCAAUAAUUGAUUUUGUUGAGUAAUUAA